AUGAAUCUUGGUCCAGUCCCUCACUGCUCAUUCAAUGUCUCAUCUUCUACAAUUCGACCUUUUUGGAUAGCUUCUUUUCCCCCUUCUUCACAUUCACAGUCCUUGAGAAGGAGUAUUACUUGUUUCACAAUCUCAGCAAUUGGGUCCAGAAAAAUUCCAGCGAGAGACCGACUCAUAGAUUUUGGAAAAUACAAAGGGAAAAUGCUGGGAACACUCCCAUCCAAAUAUCUCAAAUGGGUGACAAAGAAUCUCCGAGCUCGUGACUUCGAAGAGUGGGCUCAGCUCGCAGAUCAAGUCCUCUCUGACCCUAUCUAUAAGGACAGAAUUGAGUGGGAGUUCGCGCAAAAUCUCCUCAAUGGCGAAGUAUCGGUUGCAGGGACGCAGAAUGCCGUUUCUGAGUUGCUGGAAAUCAGCACCAGAUUCGGUUGGGACAAUGAAGACAAAUUGGGUUGGAGCAAAAUUGAUUUCGAGUUACUUGGGACCUCCAAAGGUGGUCGAAUACCAAGGCUUUCUGAUUCCCCCAAUAAUUCCAUUAGGGCAGAAGAGAAAAAGGGUAGAGCUGGAGAUGAUAGUCGUCAGGAAGAGGAAGGCGAAAAAGACAAUAGGGAGAGAAGACGGGAAAGGGUAAGGUUACAGAGGAGAAAAAAUGAAUCUGGAGCAAACUCUGAUCACUUCAAUCCACCCAAUUCCCGCUCAUUUGACACCACUAGUUAUAACACUAGUAGCGGUAUAACGGAAACACCAAGUCGUUUUCCGGGUCGCGAAUCCCUGUUGAAGAAAGCCUUGUCACUUGGUACCAGGAAAAAUGCCUCACAAUAA